AUGACCGCCGGGGUACUGCCCACCACUGCCGAGGCCGUGGAGGACGGCUGGGGAGUGAUAGACGGGGGUGCUACCAGGACUCUGGGGUCUGUUCAAGCGAUUGAAGCCGUCAUGAAGAAGAAUUUGGCCAAACACGGCCAAUCGGGAAUCCAGGGAGUUGAUGUGAUGAACCGGCCAGUUUUUGGGUUUGCAGACUCAGGUGAAGCACGGUGUGUGUCGACAGUGGACCUGGGCUUGCAGGCCAAUGGCCAGGAUGGGAAGCUGAGGGUGCACGCCCUCAACAAGGGAACCGGACCCAUCCUCAUCUCAGUAUCUACCCUGAGGACUUUGGGAGCAGUGAUUGACUUCGAGCACGACAUGAUGGUGCUGAGGCGCCUGGAUGCCCGUAAGAUUAUCCCCUUGCGCCGUUCCACCACGGGCCACCAGCUUAUGAAUCUCACUGAGGAUCUUUUCCGAGAUGCUAGGGCGGCAAAAGCCGAGGUCCCCUCGCUCUCGUCGUAUGUGUUGGCCGAGGAGUAG